AUGAAUGGUGUUAUUGUUGCGAUCAAGGUGUUAAGUACCGAAGUGUCACCCGAUAAUUUGCUUAAUCGCGUGCAGCAAUGGCAGAAAAUGAACCAUCCGAAUAUCUCUCAAGUGUUUGGCAUGUCUCCAGACCACCAAGGUCCACUAUACAUCAUCAUGCCAUGCUAUUUUCAUGGGAACAGUCGCCAAUACUUGGAUCAAAACCCAAAUGUCGAUCGACGUAAAAUUGUCUUUCAAACUGCUUUGGGCAUGCAAUAUCUUCAUUCAUGUAACGUUGUGCACGGGGGUCUGAAACCAUCCAACAUUCUCAUCAAUGAUUCCGGAGAUGCAUGUGUCUCUGAUUGGAGUAUGAUGGAUUUCCAGACAAGUCAGAAUAAAGAAGCGCAUAGGUACUAUAGUCCUGAGGCCUGGAAAGGGACGACGUCGUUUCUUUCCGAUGUUUACGCAUUUGCUAUGAGCGCCUAUGAGCUCUUCACUUCAACACUUCCAUGGGGUGUACUUCCCGAGAAGCACAUAUACCAACUCGUCGUAUAUGAGAACAGUCGACCCGAUCGUCCAGAUCCAACCAUUGAGGCGAGAGCCGGGUUGACUGACCACAUAUGGGGGAUCAUCGAAGAGUCCUGGCACAAGGAAUCCCGCCUUCGGCCAAGUUUCGACAUCAUUAUCCGACUGUGGCAGAGUGCACCCGUCAACGUUCCAGGCAAAGAUGUAGGGGCCCUUUCGUCAAGAUUCAACAAUAUGUCGACUGGGAGUAUCAGAAGUCCGGCACAGUCCAUAAGGUCACUGGAUUCAGGUCUACCGGCGUAUGAAGCGUCUACAUCCAUGGCAGCGCCUUCGGGUUCUCCGGUUUUGCCAGAGUCGGCUCCCGCUCGAUUCAACAUAUCACCUUCGCCUUUCGGUGAGAGGGAUGACGGUGUACGAAGCGCAAGUCCACGAUCUAAUGGGUCCAUCUCACUGCAGCCUUCGGGACGGCAUGCGUCUCUCCCGUCCUCGUCUUAUCGAGAAAAUCGUCACAAUGCUCCCUCCAGUUUCGAACCGACGUCAACUUGGGAUACAAACUAUUCUUCGUUUGGAAAAGCUUACUCUCCAAGUCUGCCAGUGUUCCCUGAAGAGGACCCACGCUUCGGCAGGCGAAUUACAUAUGCUCCGCCAUCUGCGCCUCCCACGAGUCUGGGGAGGAGCGACUCUACAGUGUCAUGGGACAGGCAGUCCAUCCAACCCGUCAACGCUGUUCUAUUGGUUGGCGCACUGCAAUCAGAGGUGCUGUCCACACGGAGCCGUGAUAUGAUCGAUUCGUGUCUCGUUAAAGUGCAUUUCCUUGCUCAGUCCGAUAAAGGCGCGGAGAGACUGGUUACCGCAGGUAUUAUCCCGACCUUGAUCCAUCUUCUCAAAAUACGAGCAGCGAAUGGAGAAGGCUUGGAGAUAGUCCUGGCUUGUCUUGGUCUCGUCGCUCACGACUCAAUAAGUGCUAAUACGAUUUUCCGCACCAACACCGUCAAUACCUUGAUAGAGCUAGUCAUCUCAUCGCUCUCGCAAGAUGUCGUCACCCUCGCUAUAUGGUGUCUGCAUCGCAUGUGCCGCACCCCCGAAAUCUCCACUGGGCUAAUCAAACGAAAUUUAGUCCGCAUACUUAUCGAACGGGGUAUUCGGUCGUCUCUGCUGACUGCUCGAAUGACAGCUUGGUGUCUUGGUAUACUCAUUCAUACCGAUGCUCAAGCAGACCAGCUCAACGACCUUGGCGUCAUUCCCGAAAUUGUGGAGUACUUGAGGCGUGCAUCUUCGGACCCCAGUGCGUCGCCGGAUGAUGUAUCUGCGGCAUUGUAUGCCAUAGCACGUAUAGCUCGAUCCAUCAAACUUGGCAAAACAUUGGCCAAAGCUGGUUGUGUGGGAUGGCUAUCGGAGCACCUUGCAUCAUCGACAGAACCUUCGAUACUGUUAUGGGCUGCGCGCGCGGUUGGGUGCAUGAUGCGGCCCAACAGCGCUGAUAUUUCUAAAAUUCUCUUAGACGCUGGCAUUGCGAAGGGGCUUGCAAGGUUGCCGAGUGUCCUUCCUUCAGAUGAAGUUGAGCCUCUGGGAUCGUUCGCAUUUGCGGUGCAGAGAUUUGGUUGCGCCGAAUGGGGUUCGGGCACGAGGAAGGCCCUUGUGGACGCUGGAGUGGUGGAUUCGCUUCUGGAUGCCCUAAGGAUGGUUGCGGAUGAGCCAAAACCUCAAAUACAUGUGGAGAUGGCACUUGCUGUUAGUUUUUUGGGUGACAUCGGGGGAGUUGCGAUAAGGAAAGAGAUUAUCAGUGCGGGUGGAAUCACUAUUUUGAAGAGGGUGGGCGCCAAUGGGAGUCCAGAGGUGGCUAAAGCAUGUGGGAUGGCAGUAACGAGUAUAACCGGGAACCUGUGGACAAGAAAUGCUGCGUCUGCAAAAACAGCAAUGACACACAACUGGAUUGGCGGAUGCCCGGACUAUUUUGCGGAGUGUCCAGUCGUCCUUAUGACCCAGGACGCUUUGGAACAAAGUUAAGUUCAUUAUGAUUAUGUCGUCAGUAUUUAAACUUUUGUGUUAUGCUGUAUUUUGAAUUUCCCCUAACACAUCAGCCUAGUAUGUCUAUGGACUUUAUCUUAUACUAAUCUGUCUCGCGGGGCCUCUUACAAUAUCUUUAAAAAGCGAAAGUGUACUAUAUAUUGUUGUAACUUGUAGUAGAAUCACGAAGUGCGGUGCACUUG